AAAAGAAAGAACGAGCUCGCAUAGCAUGUUGGGAUAUCCAUCAUGGCGACUUCCAUAGUUACGGUCGGGAGAAAUGUAGGUGCUUUCGCAAAUGCUCUUUUAAGGACAUCCCCGACAUUACGUGACGUUUGUGGGGCUAAAGGCCGGCAAGCGAUUCAUAGCCAAAAAUGUCGUUUGCAGAAGUCAGCAGGUUUCCAUACUGCUUGUCUUCUCAAAGCACCUGCACCUGCAAUCACAGUGACUGAAGAACCAGAUACCCUUUAUCAGAAGAUUGAGGUCAAAGUGAAGAGUCACGACAAGACGGUUCUUGACAGCUAUGAAUUCUUUGCCACCAUGGCUGCGAAAGAGCUGGGCAUCGACAUUGGCAAUGUGUAUGAGCCACCUAAAAAUAUUGAGAGAUUAACAUUGCUGAAAUCAGUGCACAUUUUCAAGAAGCAUCGAGUUCAAUAUGAGAUGAGGACUCAUUUCAGAUGCAUAGAGUUGUCACGAAUAACAGGAUCCACAGCCCAGGUGUAUCUGGAGUAUAUCCAGCGGAAUCUUCCAGAGGGAGUUGCUAUGGAGGUUACAAGAACAGCCGUAGAAAAGGUUCCAGAGCACAUUCAGCAACCCAUGUGGGACGACAUCCCGACUAAAGACCAAGCAAGCCAAUAAGUGGACAGUGAAUAACUCCCUUCUUACUCCAUUCUGAUUUUAAAGAAGAUAAUUAACCAAACAUUUACUUCAAGUCAUUUUGUCACAUUGACGAAAUUCAGUCACAUCGUAAAGACUUAUAAGUUUGUGCCCAUUCUGUUUAUUUGUGUAAAUGUAUGUUUUUGUGGUAAGUUUGCUUUAGUAAAUCAAGUGAGAAAAAUA